CUUUUCCAACAUCAUAAUUAGUAUAGAGUAUUUUUCUGCUUUACAGGCCGGUAACCGCUGAGGAAAAAAAAAAAAAUGAAAGCUUGUUGUAUUCACUUUUAGGGAGCCCACUUCUGUUUCUUUUCCGGUCUACCUCUCCUGCUCUCCUUCUCAGUCUCUCUAAAAGAUUAAGUAAAGCUUAAAUGUGGAAGCUGAAGCAGCUGAUACCGGGGGACGAUGAUGACAGAGAGGCGAGCUUGUCGGAUGAAGAAUCAGACGGCUUCUGUUCCCUCUCUUACACGCAGAGAAUGUAUGCUUUCGCUGCGUGUUUGGUCGGUGGUUUCGCUUGUAUGUUUCUGUCAAUGAUUGUGUUUCUCAAACCCAUCAAAUUCGCAAUAUUAUUCACCUUUGGCAACGUAUUGGCAGUUGGAAGCACAGCCUUCCUUAUUGGACCUGAACAACAGUUAAAUAUGAUGUUUGAUUCCACACGUCUUUAUGCAACAGCUGCAUACCUUGGAUUUGUUGUUAUAGCUCUCAUUUCUGCUCUCUGGAUCCAUAACAAAAUUCUAACAAUACUCGCAAUCAUUUGUGAAAUCUGUGCUCUUAUCUGGUACAGUCUAAGUUAUAUUCCUUUUGCUCGCAGAAUGGUUUCUGAAUUAAUGGUUCGAUUUUGUGACACUGAGCUCUAGACAAUGCAAACUCAGAGGACAGUAUUUAGAUGAGACACUGUAGCGGUCUGUUUUCGCUCAAGGUUAUUUGAUUGAUUUGUGUUUUCAUGGCUUGUGAUUGUUAUAAUAGUGACAUUUGAGAAAAGAAUUCUGUGAAGGCCAAUGCCAACAUUAGCAACAACACUAAUUUGUGAAGCUAAUUUUUUUUUACUUGGUUGAAAUUUUAUCUUA